UAUAAUGGAUGAUGUUGAAAUGUACUUGAUGUGGCAGUUGAAUGGACAGCAGCGGCAGGUACCCUCAUCUCUUCUGACUCUCUUUGCAAUCUCCCUUUCACUUCCGGAAACAUGGCCUCCGGGGUGGCGGUCUCUGAUGGCGUCAUCAAAGUGUCCAGUGACGUGGAAGUGUGUAAGUCCUCCACACCAGAGGAGGUGAGGAAGCACAAGAAGGCGGUAGGCUUCUGCCUUAGCAAGGACAAGAAGAACAUCAUCCCCGGAGGAGGGAGGAGAGCCUUGCCAGACGAUGUGGGCCAGACGACGGAUGACCGUGAUGCCACCUUUGUCAAGAUGCUGCCACACAACUACUGCCACUAUGCCCUCUAUGACACAACCCGUGAGACCAAGAACAGCAAGAAGGAGGACCCAGUGUUUAUCUUCUGUGCACUGGAGCCUGCACUACUUAAGAGCAAAAUGAUCUCAGUCAGCUCCAAGGACGCCAUCAAGAAGAAGCUGAUGGACAUCAAGCAUGAAUUACAAGCAAACUUGUUGUAUGAGGAGGUCAAGAACAGCUGCACCCUGUCAGAGAAGCUGGGAGCCAGUGUUGUCAUCUCCUUGGAGGGCAAGCCUUAUGCGAGCCCCCUGGAGCCCCCUGCAGCCCCCUGCCUGGAGUAUCUGGCAGCCCCAGACCCACCAACGGAGGUUGCAGGCUGCACCCUUCCUGCCAGACUGGAGGGGGUGUCGGAUCCCAGCAGGGGGAGGCAACCCAGCUUCCAGGAGGCAGCAGUGCUCAUCCUGCGUCCCGGUGCUGCCACCACCCACAGACACCGGUGUCAGCCCUGGCCGGGCCGAGGCCGGAGACUGGUCACCUCCUCGGGGAGCCAUUCCAGCAGCUCCUCUCCGGGUCCCAGCAAUAAACUCCUCUGA